UCUGCACAAUUGCAGCAACAGUAGUCAAACACACAUAUAAAAGCCUCCCAUGAAACCCACAAACCAGUUCCCAUCAACUCGUUCAAGCCAAAACACCAAAAUGAAGACCUUGGUUUGCCUUUUCGUCGUCACCAUCAUCGCCACUUCGAUGGCAGACAACUUCCAUCAAAAAAUGCAAGAAUACAGCCAACAAUGCAAAUCCGAAACUGGAAUAUCCAAUGAGGCCUUGUCGCAAAUCCUCAGACCCUCUGACGACCCAAAACGCAAGGAACAUAUUUUCUGUAUUUUGAAAAAAGCUGGAUUUAUGAACGACGACGGAGAUUUGCUUGUUGACGCUAUUGUGGCUGAAUACACUCAAGGUGGUUCUAAUCCUGAAGGCAUAGAAAAGAUAACGAAGAAGUGUGCCGUGAAGAAGGAGAGUCCUCCGGAGACUGCCACCCACUUCAUCGAAUGCGUACAUCGACCCAGACCGAAGAGAUACGUGUUGUUUAGAAAUGUUGCAGCAGAAGAAUAGAAAUAAAUUGAUUUUUCCUAAAA